GGGAGGCGAGUCGCGCGCGCAUUCUCGCGCAGUCUCCCGUCGCUAAACAUUGCGCGUAAACAUGUCUCAUAUGAAAAUUUUGCGCGGGAGUCUUGCGCGGAAACUCUUUGAACUUCCAGCUCAAAAUGCCAAAUCUAAAAGCAACCUUGCCCCUCGGGUGUUAGUGAGAACUUUCGCGACUCAACCUGCCCCAGCGGUGGACACAAAGUACCUGACGUCCCCUUACGGUGAAGUCCAAGUUGGAAGUGAAUCCGUAACUGAAUUCGUGUACCGGGACAUCGAGCUAUGGGCCGACAAACCGUGUGUGACAUGCGGCGUGUCGGGGCGCGGCUACGACUACCAGAUGAUGCGGCUGAUGGUCGACCGCUGCGCCAAGGCGUUGAUAGCUGAGCUGAAGAUGGCGCCUGGCGACAGGAUCGGCCUGAUCCUGCCGAACCUGCCAGAGUUUGUCUCCCUCAUCCACGGCGCCAUGCAUGCUGGACUCGUCGUCACGUUCGCCAACCCGCUUUAUACUGCAGAUGAGGUUCGCCGUCAGUUCAUGGACUGCGGUGUGAAAUGCAUCGCGACCAUCGAGAUGUUUAUGCCGGUGGCCAAAGAAGUCUGCAAGCACCUGAAAGACUAUAAGGGCACCAUUUGGGUUGGUGGUGAAGAUGAUAAGGCUAACGGUAUCCACGGCCUCCGCGCCUUGCUGAUGGCCGACCACAAGGCUGAUCUCCCGGAUCUGAACGCUGAUGACGUCAGCCUGAUCCCCUACUCUAGUGGCACUACUGGCAUGCCUAAAGGAGUGAUGCUCACUCAUAAGAAUUUAGUCACGAAUCUGAAGCAAGCGCAGACCCCUAAGAUGAUGAAGUAUGAAGGAGAGAAAGGCAAGUGUGACGUCGUACUGACAGUCCCGCCGUUCUUCCACAUAUACGGCUUCAACGGAAUCCUCAACUACAACCUCACUCUUGGAUACCAUGUCGUUACCAUGCCUAAAUUUACCCCCGACGACUACAUCAGAUGCCUAGUGGAGUACCAGCCUACGACUUUGUUCGUGGUGCCGUCCCUACUUGCGUUCCUUGCCACGCAUCCUCAAGUGAAGAAAGAACACUUGCAGUGUGUCGAGACUAUUAUGGUUGGAGCCGCCCCCACCACCGACAGUAUGCUUGAGAAGUUCUUACUUAAGUGUGAGAAGACCAAGGACCAGAUUAAACUUCUCCAAGGCUAUGGAAUGACGGAGAGUUCACCAGUGACUAUAAUGACGCCGUACGAGUAUCCUUACGGCAAAGUUGGUGCGGCGGGUCAGCUGGUGCCGAGCACAUUAGCUCGCAUUGUGUCGCUCACCACGGGCGAAAAUCUAGGCCCGCAUAAGUCUGGCGAACUACUUGUUAAGGGACCUCAGAUGAUGAAAGGCUAUUGGAAUAACGAGAAGGCGACACGGGAGACGAUCGACAGCGAUGGCUGGUUGCGAACCGGCGACGUCGCGUAUUAUGAUGAAGACCAUUACUUCUACGUCGUUGACCGCACUAAAGAACUCAUCAAGGUUAAAGGAAACCAGGUAUCUCCAACUGAAAUCGAAAGUGUGAUUAUGGAGCAACCCGAAGUAGCUGACGUUGCCGUGGUGGGCAUAACAGACGCGCUAGCGGGCGAGCUGCCCAAAGCUUUCGUUGUGCUCAAACCCAACCACAAACUCACCGAGAAACAAGUCUACGACCUGGUAGCCUCCAAAUUGACCAAAUACAAGCACCUUGAAGGUGGAGUUGCCUUCCUAGACGCCAUCCCUAGAAACGCCGCCGGAAAGAUCAUGCGAAACGAAUUGAAAGUUCUAGGCGGCAAAAAACAUUAAAUAUCUCUCGUAUUUAAAAUAGUAUAGUAAUAGUAACUGUAAAUAGUAAGAUUUGUAUAAGUUUACUUGUAUUAUAGGUUGUGCACAUUUGUUUGUAAAUAGGUAGUUAAGAUUACAAUUGUUGAUUUUUAUAGUGAUUAUUAAAAAAUAUAGUGAACUGUUACAA